AUGGCCGGAACAAUUGUUCCGUGGGAUGGUCGAGACCAGGAGGAGCAAAGCGAGAUCCUUUUCAACGCCCCCUUGCGCACCAAGAAUCGGCAGCUUGAAGAUGAGAACAUGCACCUGAAGCGACUUCUCAGAGAGCAUGGGAUCCCUUGGUCCGACUCCGUUGCCGGGCAUCACGUAUUUCGAUCCAGCACCUCAAACUCUACCUCGGGGCGCCGACGAAGUUCCCGCCUGUCGGCUGUCGGCCAACACCGCUUUCCUCACCUCCCCGUAGAGGUCAUUCUCAGGAUUCUUCAUUAUGCGCUGGUUGCAGAUGGUCCUAUUAUCGACCCCCUGUCCAAGUUGAAUACCGAGACUCUUACCUCCGCCGAAGCCAAAUGUGGACCACAGAUCGCCAUAGGUUUUCUGGCUACCUGCAAGGCAUACCACGUGGAUGGCAAAAGAAUCCUGUGGUCAAAGAACAGAUUCGCUUUCACAAGCCCGGCAGCACUACGCAAGUUCAGCGAGCUUGACUUCAAUUUACGCAAAGGCAUCGAGUCCAUCAACUUGCGAAUCGUGGCUCGUUACUAUGACGAUGAAAAGCGCCGUCAUAGGCUGAGCCAAGAUUACCACCCAGAGCUCACCAAGUCCCAGAAUCUGAAAGUCAUCCCACGGGUCAGAGAUGACAGCAGCAUGGCGCGGAAAGGUUUCCACUCCUAUGCUUGGACUCAGACGGUGGACUUCCUUGAUGCCUUACGCCCUCCAUUCGAUCCACAUCACGCCCAAGGCAAUCGACCGCGGCUCUUACCCGGCCUCUUAUCCAUGCGCAUGGAUUUUGUCAACUUCCCGGAUUACUUCCUGCCGUUUCCAGAAGUGGAUCUCCAUGAGAUCGCUGCCCACGACUUCGGCUGUACCUUGAACGAGCUGAUGGUCACGGGUCUGCCUUGCUGCGAGGUCGGCGUCAAGGCCGGUGCUGAUCUGCAGGGCAUGGUGAAAGAUGAUGGACUGUUUCUGUGUCAUGCUCCUUCGUACGUACAACAGAAGAAGUACCUGAAGCCACUCUGCGGCUACGAAGGCCUCGCAAGGGUUGUCCGGGCCUGGCGAAAACUGGCCAGGGAGCGCCAGGAAGCUGCGGGCCAAGUUUCGCUCGUCAACGUCCCUUCAGUACCCGAGGAACAGGGGCAUCCCAAGUCGGUUUGGAAGAAGAGGAAGACCCUCUGGAAGCGCGUUCCCAUCGCGCGGGACGCAGAGGAAAGGGACUGGGUCGAAUUUGACCGGAAUACCGGAGAACCUGUCGACGAGGUGUUGGACGACUAUGACAGCGACGACAGCGAUGCUAUAUGUCCAAACUGUGGAGUGGUGCACGGCCACUAUGACUACUGGGGUUCUGACUCUGACUGA